UUAACAAACAACAUCAACAAAACUUCAAAAACUAUAAAAUCACUUUUCUCCACAAAUUUCUAUCAAUUUUUCUGCUUCAUAACAAGUCUUCUACUCAUCUUUUGAACUCAUUUACAUCAUGGGCUCAAUUACUCCCACUCCUCUUCCAUAUUUCGAAGUCCUUAGGGAUACCAAACCAGAGGACAAUUCAUUGCCAGCUUUCAUGGUAUCAACAACCAGAGGUUUCCUUCCACGUACCGAACCUAUCAUCAGUCUCCCCUCCGAAUUUGACGCUCUAGAAUCUAUUCUCCAACGUAUGCCCAUAAAGACUUUUGAUGGCAAGCCAGGUCUCUUAGCUACAUUCACCCUUGGAGAGACAGUUCUCAACGAGCUUCCAGAUCUUACUGAUGCUAUCAAUAAGUAUCAGGAUAACUUGCCACUUAUGAAUGCUCUUUAUCGCGACUACAGUUUCUUGGCUAGUGCGUAUCUUUUGGAGCCUUGUCAUGAGAGAUUUCUCAAAGGUGAAGAGUACGGACUGGGUAGACAGACUUUGCCUAGGGUCAUUAGUUUGCCUAUUAGCAGGUGUGCUGAACUGUAUGUAUACUUUUUCACUUUUAUAUCACAUAUGAUCAGUCAUCUUCGAUAAUUUUCUUGACUUAGAAUCAUCUGUCUUCCAACCUCAUCACAUCAAUUACUAAUAUAAUUCCUUUGUAGUGCUGGCUUCAAACCAUUCAUGGAGUAUGCUGGUUCUUACGCCCUAUACAACUAUCGUCUUGAGGACCCAGCCAAAGGCCUUGAAUAUGACAACAUUCGCCUCAUCCGUGCCUUUGAACAUGGUCUUGAUCAUACUUCCAGUGAAGCUGGCUUUGUUCUCGUCCACGUCGAUAUGGUUUCCAAUUCUGGACCAUUAGUCGAUGGUGUUGUCAGUGCUUUGGAAGCAGUCGAGAAGCAUGAUCGGGAUUUGUUUGAGGGAGGAAUGAAAAAGGUGUUGGGAGCAAUGACCAAGGUUAAUGCUGUUAUGGAAGGUAUGUUUCCUACUUCUGACCUCUUUGACUUCCUUCUAUUGCUAGACGACUGAAAUUGACACGUCAUGAGGCAUGUGGCAGAAAUCGAAGCCUGGUGAUUAUACCUCUUUCAGAACAUUCAUCUUUGGUAUUACCAGCCAAUCCAUGUUUCCACAUGGUGUCAUCUAUGAAGGUGUCUCUGAGGAGCCUUUGAGUUUCCGUGGUGAAUCUGGUGCUAAUGAUUCUAUGGUAUGUCCCUUUUCCCUCUUUUUAUAGACUCCUCUAUACAGGGAUACCUUACUAACUCACCUCAGAUUCCACUCAUGGAUAACCUUCUCCAAAUACCCAUGCCAAUCACCCCUUUGACCUCAAUCCUCAAAGAUUUCCGCUCUUACCGUCCAGGAAACCAUCGCCAAUUCCUCGAGCAUAUCCAAAAUGCCUCUCUAGCAGUUGACCUUAAAUCCUUCGCCCUCUCCUCUCCCACCUCCACUGCUCUCUAUCUCCUUUGCAUGGACCAAGUCCGUGAUUUCAGAUGGCGCCAUUGGUGUUUCACUCGUGAAUACAUUCUCAAGAAAACCUCGCAUCCAGUUGCAACAGGUGGUUCUCCAAUCGUUACUUGGUUGCCCAACCAACUUGGCGCUGUUCUAGGCGAGAUGACGAGAAUUUGGAAGGAGAUGGGUAAUGAGGGUGAGGGAAUGGGCGACCAAAAGGAACGUGUGAAGGAUGUUAUGGAGGCCGUCCUUAGACAGAAGGAUCAGUUGCAAAAGGAGGUGGAGAAGUAUUGUAUGGAGAGAGGGGUUAAUACUGCUGCUGCUUAGAUUAGUAAUCUUUUCUCUUCGGAUGGACGGGGUUUCUAGGUGGUUGGUUGGUUGGAUGGAGGGAAAUUUGAUUUAAAACUGCAUGCUAGAUUGCGUGUUAGUACCUAUGCGUGGCUGGACUUUUUUGUCUACAGCUUUUUUACCCAUAUGAUGGAAGGAUUGAAUGGAGGUACAUAUAAUGGAGGGUAAACUCGAGGAUUCUUCUUUUUUUCUCCUUUUUUCCUCAGUAGGAAAUUGCCUGGAUUUUAUUUUAUUAUACAGCUUGAAUUCAACCUAACGAUCGAUGCAUACAUAUAU